AGGAGCGAGAUGGAGCGCGGCGCGUUUGGAGCCACGGCGUGGCGGCGCGCCACCGAGGAGCCGAAGUUUGGAUAACUGACAUUAGAAAAACAAGUUUCUUCACAGAGCCAAAGACACACCAUGGGGGACGGGUUACCGUCCAUGAACUAUACCAACGACACCAAACGGGGGCGAGUGGAUCUUAACGGUCCGGACAGCGGUUUCUCGGAACAGUGGGUCGUAGCUAUGGGGAUAGUCAUGGCUUUGAUUGUGAUCAUCACUGUAGUGGGGAAUAUACUGGUCAUCGUGGCUAUAGCGCGGAAUCAGAGGUUGCAGACGCUGACCAAUGUGUUUAUUGUGUCUCUAGCGUGCGCCGAUCUGAUCAUGGGCUUGUUGGUGGUGCCCUUUGGUGCAACGCUGGAGCUCCGGGGCGCGUGGCUUUACGGCUCCUACUUCUGCGAAGUGUGGAUCUCGGUGGACGUCCUCUGCGUCACGGCCAGCAUCGAGACCCUCUGCGUGAUCGCCAUAGACAGGUACAUUGCCAUCACGUGGCCGUUUCGUUACCAAAGCCUUUUAACCAAGUCGAGAGCCAAAUUGGUCGUGUGCGCCGUGUGGGCCGUGUCGGCUCUCGUCUCCUUUCCGCCCAUUCUACUACACUGGUCGCGAGACAGGAACGAAACGGAAUGCUACGAGGACCCGGAGUGCUGCGACUUCAUCACUAACCGAGCUUACGCUGUUGCCUCUUCAGUCAUAUCCUUUUACAUUCCUCUGGUGGUUAUGGUGUUCGUUUACGCCCGCGUGUACCGAGAAGCCAAGAAGCAGCUCCGGAAAAUAGACAAGUGCGAAGGGAGGUUUUAUAACAACCACGGCGUCUCGGCGUGCAAGGUGAACCGAAAGCGGCCGUCCGGGAUUGUGGCCAUGAAGGAGCAGAAGGCGCUUAAGACGCUCGGCAUCAUUAUGGGGACUUUUACUCUCUGCUGGUUGCCUUUCUUCUUGGUCAACGUUGUGCGCGGAUUCUGCGCCGAGGCUGUGGACAAGGAGCUCUUCGUCUUUUUCAACUGGCUCGGUUACGCCAACUCGGCGUUUAACCCACUCAUAUACUGCCGCAGCCCGGACUUCAGGAAGGCUUUCCGCAUGCUGCUCAUGCCGUGCUGGCCGAGGCGCGGUGAUCAGGGACUCACCGUGAGCUCGUGCGAGCUGUCGCGCUGCGCAGUGGAGAGCCGCGUGCUCGCACCAUGGACCGACUGCAACGGCAUCCGGGACAGCAACUGCAGCCUGGACCGCAGCAGUAGAGUGUCCCACACCGAGUCUCAGCUCUGAGCUUUUAUUUCGGAUUUAUUUCCCUACACAUAUUCAGUUGUAAUUGUAAAAAAAAAAAAAGAAGUUAUUUGCUAUUUGCGGUCAUCAUUAACCUAUAAAUUAAAUCAAGAAAAAUUCAUGUGUUUUAAACAUGUUUCAAUAAAAAAAAUUAAAAAAAACAGCCAAAACUAAUGAGCAUCUUAGAACAACUAUAUUUGCAGUGAAGAGAAACGGAAGAAUGCAGAAACGCUUGUUUUGUUUUCAUCAUCUACACGGUAUGAACACUUAAAAUAUGCCAAAUUGUUAAAGAAAUUGACACAUUUCUAAAAAACUAUAACGAAAUUCUGCAAAUCCUCCAAACCCAUGUUGUUAUACACAACUUUAGUCUGUACGUGUGUGCAACUGGGCACAAAUAUAAACUGUAAGAGUUCAUUCCUAAUUUAUGGGUCAUUAUUAGACAAUAAACAAAUAUACAAAAUGUGCCAAAUAGUUAGGCUUUUUACAGCAACCAUUCUUGCACUGAGGGUUCUCAGUGAUGCUAAAAAAUAAAAUGCAAUAUAUUCCCCCAAAUCCUCACAUCUACUUUAUGAGUCCAUCUGGGCACAAACAAACUCCACCAGUUAGUCCAUCUAUUAAUGUGAGUCAUUAUUAGACCAUAAACAGGAAAUAAAGAGCCAGGAGAUGUGUUUAACAUUUGUCCUACAUACAUGACUGUGAGAAGAGAAAUUUGCAUUUGUUGUGUUCACUGCAUGACCUUUUUUAAAUGUUAUUUUUAGCGCCAUUUUCACCAAUCUGUCUAUUUGUCAUAUUGUACAUAGGAAUGUGUGACUUUACAGGACAAUAGAGAAAUGUGCAAAUUGUACGAAAUGAAAUUGUUUAUAUUAAACAGCCAUAUCAAUUUGUACAGUAUUUAUUCAGUACCAUGUACAGCUGAUGGAGAGUUUUUGACACGUGAGCAUAUAUGAAAGGAGCUGGGAUUCAGUGCUUCGUGUUUGCACCUUAUAUACCAUUCAAUGUGAGCUGCUUCUUUUCUCAAUGAAUAUAAUAUUUAAUAUUUCAAUAUACCAGUCUGCCAAAUACUGAAAUGGAGGCUCAGUGAUUUAUUUAUUGAGUCACUAAUAGGUCUGGUCCUGUUUCAUUCAGUAGAUUUUUUCCUGCCCAGGUCCAUAUAUCUAGAUUUGUCAUUAAUGUACGAGCGCCUCAUGUAAUGUAUAAGGUGGUCACAUUUAUGAGUGUGCAAUAAAUU